GGAAAGACAGUGAACAGUGUGUGUUGGUAUGAUUAUGAACCCAGGGUUUUCUCCUCAUGCAAAUGUUUUCAAAUUCACUGUCGAAUGCGCAUCCAAAGGGAACAAUGAGAGUGGCAUUGGGGUUGUCUUGAGAAACAUUAAUGAGAGAAGCAGGGGAAAUUCGCAGCAGCAUAAUUAUGGGGAAGCAUUGUCAAAGAGCAUCUUGUUCUUUGAAGGGCAGAGGUCAGGGAAGUUGCCACCAACUCAGAGGAUGACUUGGAGAAAGGACUCUGCGCUUCAAGAUGGCUUUCAACUUGCUGAUACUCGAUUCUUUGAUCAAGUUGACUUGGUUGGUGGUUACUACGAUGCUGGUGACAAUGUAAAAUUCAACUUUCCAAUGGCAUUUUCAACAACCAUGCUGGCCUGGAGUGUGAUUGAGUUUGGAAAAUUAAUGGGCCCAGAUCUCAAACACGCACUGGACUCGAUUCGUUGGGCCACAGAUUAUUUCCUAAAAGCCACAAGCACCCCUGGGCUUGUGUUUGCAGUGGUUGGUGACCCAUAUAGUGAUCAUAAUUGCUGGGAGAGACCUGAAGACAUGGACACACCUAGAACUGCCUAUGCUGUUAGCAAGGACUACCCUGGCUCGGAAGUCUCAGCUGAAAUAGCAGCAGCACUUGCAGCCUCUUCCAUUGUCUACAGAAAAUAUCAUCUUGGUUAUUCGAGAAGGCUUCUCCAAAGGGCUAUAAUGGUUUUUGACUUUGCAGAUAAGUACAGAGGAUCAUACAAUGACAGCAUCGGACACUGGGUAUGCCCAUUCUAUUGUGAUUAUAGUGGCUACCAGGACGAAUUGGUCUGGGGAGCAGCAUGGUUGUUCAAGGCUACUAAGCUCCCUUUUUACUGGAAUUACAUUAAGCAAAACAUUCAUAAUGUGAAAAACUUUGGUGAAUUUGGAUGGGACUCAAAGGAUGCUGGUAUCAACGUGCUCGUAUCAAAGCUUCUAAUGAGUAGCUCUCCUAACUCAUUUAUCCUCAAUGCUGACAAGUUUAUCUGCUCUGUGCUACCUGAAUCACCUUCAGUAUCAGUUUCAUACUCUCGAGGUGGGCUAUUAUUCAAGAAUGGUGGGAGUAACUUGCAACAUGCAACAACACUCUCAUUUCUUUUUCUUGUUUAUGCUCGCUAUUUGAAUAAAGUCAAAAAAGAGAUUGACUGUGGCGGUAAUGUUUUUGCUUCUCCAAGGCGACUUAAACAAUUAGCAAAAGGCCAGGUGGAUUACAUACUAGGAACCAACCCAUUGAAUAUGUCAUACAUGGUAGGAUAUGGAUCAAAGUUUCCUCAAAGAAUACAUCAUCGUGCAUCAUCACUACCAUCUGUAGAUCAGCACCCUGGCUACGUUGGUUGCGAAGGAGGAUCCCCUUAUUUUCAAAGUCAAUACUCAAACCCUAACUUGCUUAUAGGAGCUGUCGUAGGGGGGCCAGAUAUCACAGAUUCGUAUGAAGAUUCUCGAACUGAUUUUGUGCAUUCAGAACCUACAACAUAUAUCAAUGCACCACUUGUGGGUGUUUUGGCUUACUUCAAAUCAUAUCCAUCUUAAUGUCAAAACUUAAUUAGGUAUUUUACUAUAGUAUAAAGCCUUGGUUUAUAUGGGAAAAAAAGAAAAAAAUGACAGCCAUGACACUGCAUAGGACGCUAAUUGAGAUAAAAAUUGUAUCAUUAUGCCAAAUUAACUUGUACAUUGUAAUAUCUACGAACAAUACCCAAUACAAAUGUUUUAUUUUUCUUGUCAAAA